UGAUUAAUUCAACUAGCAUCAAGGAAACUGUUAAGAAUGAACUUACUAACACAGCAGGAGCAUCUUAGGAAGUGAAGACAAAUAUGUGACUUGCGGCGCAUUUGUGUAGGAUUGUUGUUUUUAAAGGCUGCUAUAUGGAUGUACUCUCUUUUCGGAAGUGGGUGCUUCUGAUUGCUGUGGUGGCGAUGGACAACGGCUGCUUUGUGGCUGGAGACCAGGAAGUGUGCGCAAUUGGCAUUUCUAAUUACACUCUAAUCGAACGAAAGGAAGUUAACGUUAUCAAGUCUUUCACCGGCUACCGCAUAGAGAACUACUCACCAGACUGUAGCGGCUUUUUUAAGACAAUUAGGUCCUGGUUUACAGACGAAUGUGACGAAAGAUCAAGAAAGGUCACUUAUACUGGGUAUGAGUAUCAUGUUGUGUUCAACUCCACCGACGUGACAAAAUGUUGUCCAGGCUUUGUAGAAGAAAAUAAUACCUGCAGAAUAGGGUGUAGCAAUGGUACAUUCGGUACCAACUGCACCUCCAACUGUAGCUGCCCGAGUCAGGCGUUCAAUAACUGUGACAGUGACACGGGUUAUUGUCUCUGUAAGCCCGGCUUUAUGGACAUUCUUUGUAGUAAAGUGUGUCCUGUUGGACGUUAUGGUUCGAACUGUACGCACAACUGCACGUGCCAGAAUAACUCCACGUGCGACCUUGAGACGGGCACGUGUAACUGUUCCUCUGCCCCUGGGUGGACGGGAUCCUCUUGUGAGGAAGAAUGUGACGCUGGCACCUACGGCGAGGAUUGUCAACACAAUUGCACGUGUAACGGGAACCAGACGUGUGACCACGUGACCGGAAAUUGUACAUGCAUGGCGGGACUCACCGGUCCCAAUUGCACAGAUGAGUGUACAUAUUUCACAUAUGGCGUCAAUUGUGCGAAAAACUGCACGUGCAUGGAAAAUACUACUGAUUCCUGUAAUAAAACAACCGGACACUGCACGUGCAAAGCUGGUUAUAUGGGAGACGCAUGUGACGAAGUCUGUAUACCUGGAUUCUAUGGUGACGCCUGCGAGAAAAACUGUUCGAACGUUUGCAUGUGGACAAACUACUGUCAUCAUGUGUUCGGCACGUGCAUCUGCCUGGGAAGCAAGGGAGAGAACUGUUCCGUCGCUUGUGGACAACACGAAUAUGGCCUCGACUGCAAUAAAACGUGCACGUGCACUUGGGAGAGAACAAUUGACGACCGGUGUGAUAAUCUGACCGGCCGCUGUCAAUGCCGCGAAGGCUACAGUGGAGCCAAUUGUGAAGUCUUGGUUGAGGUUUCAACAGAUACCACGCAUUCUGACGCGCCUGGCUGGUGGGAUUUUGUGGUAGCCAACUGGACAUACUUCGUGAUAGGCGCCGGGUUCGUUGUUGUUUUGGUUGCCAUGACGAUUGCUGUCGUCUGCUAUUGUCGUCUGAAUAGGCGGAAACGGUAUAUUUUACAGUCAAAUAAAGAAAAAACAGACGAACAAUUAUCCGUUGCUUUUGCAAACCAGGAAUACAGUGGGGGCAAGGCUCCAAUCAAGGAUACAGUAGAUGUACUUCAAGACAACGUUUGUGAAACCAGUGGUUUGGAUGUCAGCGAUGAUAGUAAACCCAAUCGGAAUGGGUCGGAAGUGGAGGAACACAAGGCUGUAGCAAUUACUGGUGCACUGUCUAAGGAGAGCGAUGGAAUGUCUAUAGAUAUACAAACAGAAAAAACACUUACACAAACGUACGAAGAACCUCCUGAUUCUGUUGAGCCAAAACACACCCCUGAUGACGUAGAGUAUGACAGUGCUGAAUAUUUAGUAGAUUCAAUGCGUGAACAAACUGAGACAACAAAGCUCGUCAAUGGAGAGGACGAAGAUGAGUAUGAUGUGCAUGGAAAUCAAACUUCGAUCACAUCGGACAAACUCAACGAAUACAAUACUUUCCAAGAUGUAAUUGACAUCAUCCGAAAAGCAAGUAUUGCUGACGACGCGAGUAGCGACGAAUAUGACAUGUUAAAUAGUCAGCCAACACGGAAAAAAAGUACGCACACCUCGGCAGAAUAUUCAAGUUUCGAAAUGACAAAACAAUUUAGUAUAGAUGAAAAUGACGAAAACAGCGAGGACGAUGAAAUGUACAACAAGCUCGAAACAAAACAGAAAGUAGCGAAACGCAUUGCACAUCCAAAUUAUAACAGAGUGAAAAUCAACAGUGAGCUAGGGGCUGACUAUGGUAUGACCGUUCUCAAUUCUAAACCAAGGGAUGCCAGUGAGAAAAGUAAUGUGUUAAGAGAAAGCCAAAAAUCAAAAUAUAACCAAGACCGUAAACAAAGUUCUGAAGCUGGAACGACUAAGUUAGAAAGAAUUGAAGGUAAUGAAAAGAAAAAUAAUUUAAUUUGUGGAGUUUCUAAUGAAGAAAAAUACAACCCUGAAACCCAAACCGAAGAAUUGUAUGAGGAGUGUGGGCCUGAGGAUGACGAUUCUAAACCAGCAGGUCAAAACAAACAAACAACAGGGCUACCAUUCCAACCUCAGGAACCUGAAACCGUUUUGUAUGAAGACUGCAAGGAUUCUGAUCAUGACUCUGAAAAUGAUUAUGCUAACAAGAGCGAUAAUGAAGAGGUGGUUUAUGAAGACGUUAGUGAAUGUAGUUGUAACAUUAUACGGCAAUGAAUUAAUUCCUCCCGCUAUUUAUAGUUCACCUUGUAUGAUAAGGCCAGCCAGCCAACACAGGCGGUCAGUUUAUCUCUAGCAGUCAGAGCUGUACCAUCCUCACCAAUAUCAUAUGUAUCAAUAAUAAAUAGUUAGAACACA